AGAAUUUAAAUGUUUUUUUAAAUUGUUCAAGUAAUUUUUAUUCUGAGAAAGCAAAAAUACCGAUAACUGCCCGCCACGAAAUAUCAGAUUUGAUGGUAGAAGAACCUUCUUGAAUCCUAAGCCCAAAUCGGUUUGGUUUCGCGCGCGUUUGUGUUCGCACGGAAUUACAAAUUUGUAAUCCGUAGUCUGAAGGUCAACACUCACAGAGAUCGAGUUAAAUGACUGCUAGAAAACAAGCUGAAACGCCAGCCGACGAAGGCGGAUCUGGUACGAAGUCACCGCGCAUCAAAAUCUCGAAAUCCUCCGAAGGAGGCGAUGCCAAGAGCGCUAGCAAGAAGCUUAAAGACAUGGAAAUUUGUGUCCCAAUAGUCUGUGGAACCAUCGCAUUUUACCUUGGUAGGAAGGCGGGUAAGUCCCAGUCACAUAAAUGGACAGUCUAUGUGCGUGGUGCUACUAGUGAGGAUCUUGUGGUGGUGAUAAAGAGAGUAGUGUUUCAGUUGCAUCCUAGCUUUAGAAACCCAACAAGAGCGGUCGAAUCGCCGCCCUUUGAGUUAUCAGAAUGUGGUUGGGGAGAAUUUGAGAUUGCCAUCACCCUUUUUUUCCACACCGAUGUGUGUGAGCAACAAUUAGAUUCGUUUCACCAUGUCACGACCCCAAAUUAAGCCGUGACUAACAUUGUAUGACAUGUAAUGCAUAAACGAGAAAUUCAAGGAAAUCAUUUGUUUCAAAAGAAAAACAUAUCUUUAUUAGAAGGACAUAAGUGCCUAGG